AUGCACGAGUCCGAGUCAUCAGAUAGUCUUCCGAGCCGACAGGACAGUGACUUGAUCAUCGAUGACGAGGGCGAAAUCAAGAGGUGGGUCCGGCCCGACUUCCAAUUCCAUCACUUCAUCCAACGAUUGACAGAGUCCAACUGGUUCAACACCAUCAUCAUGUUUACCAUCGUGAUGAACGCGGUGACGAUGGCCGUCGAGACCGGUGACACGAUUAAGGCCAAAUACCGGACAGCUUUCGUGACUCUCGAUGGGAUAUUCCUCGGAGUCUACACGGCUGAGUUUAUUCUCAAGAUCUACGCCGAGCCAAUCAAAUACUUCUACAGCGCUUACAACCUUUUCGACUUUUUAGUCCUCCUCAUCUCAUUUGUACAGGUAAUAUUCUCUUGUAAAUCAUUUCCACAUCGGUGGCGGAUUCAGGGGGCCGCUUUGCGGACGCUCCGAGCACUCCGAACUCUUAGAACUCUUCGGACAGUGUCCUUUGUUAAAGGUCUUCAGGUUCUCGUUACCGCUCUGCUGGACACCUUGCGUAACUCUGUCUUCAACGUGAUCCUCCUCCUACUCCUCCUCAUGUUCCUCUUCGCAAUCAUGGGCUACUACAUCUUCGGCUACAAGGAAGGCAUGUCAGACAAGGAGCACUGGGGCGACUUGCCCACAGCCAUGCUUACUCUCUUUACAUUGGUUACUGUGGAAGGGUGGACGGACGUACAGGCUGAACUGGACAAACUGACGGAGAUGUCCCGGAUAUACACCAUCAUCUUCAUUAUCCUCGGCCAUUUCAUCUUCACCAAUGUCUUCAUCGGAAUGAUCAUCAUGAAUAUUCAUGAGGCCACCGAGGCCUACCAGCAUGAUCAGAUGGUGGAACGAGAAUUGACCAUUCAACGGAAGAAAGAAUACAUGAUAAGGAGGCAACACGAAGAAGUCAGACUGAUGCUCGAAAAACAGAAUCAAGGCGACUAUAAGGAUUUUUACGAUAUGGUGAAGGAGUUCCAGGGAACGUUACGUCACGACGACUACACCCUCUCGCUGGAUCUAGCUACCAGUCUUCGAUGGAUCGAAGCAUAUAUCACUACCCUUGACCAUCAAGAUAACACCAUGUAUAGACUUCAACAGCUUCACUUUGAGAUGUGCAACUUACUGGCCAUGGCUCUCGAGAAGAAACUCAAGGAACGAUAUGGACUGUGAAUCUACUACAGUGGCGUAUCCCAUUUCUCUCCGCGGGGGUCGUGUAGGGGCGGCACAUUUCUGACCAAAAGUGCUGAUAAGCAAAAGAAAGACCAAAUUAAACUUAAAGAUUCUCACCUUAUUUUGUGCAUACGACUUGUAUUUAAAAUCUCUUGUACAAAAUGAAUAAUUGUACACUAAUUAUAAUGUGGUGUAUGCAGAGUAAAUAUGGGCCAGAUUUGAUUAGACCCAAAGGGCGAUGCAUGCCCCUUGUGCCCCCUCUCCCGAUCCGAUCCGCUAUGGAAAACCUUCAUGGCAGUUGUGUAUACCGGAGAUGGAACUUGGAAACACACUGGAUCUUUCAUCCACGUACAAGUUUCUCCCGAGUGUGCUUGCGCUUCUCGUGUAUAUUUUCCAUCUCUUUGGGAUGGCAAUCACCCGAUUAAAUUCAAUGUGUUAGUGUUAGAACUACUUUUAUUUGGCCCCCGCUAAUGUGAAA